UCGAAGUCGGUUCUAGUGAUAGAAAGUGAAAAGCUACUAAGUAGCUUAGAAAGAUAGCUGUUUUGUUUGUUUGUUUGUUUAUUACCGACACUUUACACCUCAGGGUGCAUUCGUGUCAAUAGAAAGAUAGCUGAAACGGAAGAUGAAUCCUUUCCAUCUUACCGGAUUACUGACCUUACUGAUUCUUCAUUUAUGCAUCCGCGAAACGCUAUCGGCAAGGACCAACAAACAACUAAAAGACCAUCAGCUCACCAAACCAUUCAAAAUCAGAGCCCGGCGAUACUGCACUGGGGCCGACUGCAUCAAGACCUGCCCUUUAGAUUAUGAGUUGGACAGCGAGAAGCAGGUCUGUCGCUAUCAACGAUCGGUAUGUCCUCCCAACUACGUCCAACGCCACGGAAGCUGUGUACUGUCAGAGAUUCAGUGCCCUCCGGGAAGCGUUCGUCAGGGCAAUCGAUGUGUAGUAAAGACCAUGGAAUGCCCUAGUGGGUACAUUAUGGAGGGAAACAACUGCAUCAACUCCCGAUACUGCCCGGAGGAUUACCACUGGGAAAAUGGGUUCUGCUAUCGUCAACAACGGCAACAAAUGUGCCCCAAUGGAUACGACAAUCGUAAUGGAAUAUGCGUUCAGAUUUGUGUCAACUGCGACGCGGCAUGCUCGGAAUGCGACGAGGAAACCGUUCCUUUGAAAUGUCCUGCCGGGUACAAUAUGCAGAGAGGGAAAUGUUUGAAAAUAAUCCAAGGAAGGGCGGACAUUGUGCUGCGGAACGUAACUUACCGAGUCCCGGUGGAAUGCGAAAAUGAUGGAAUCUACAACAAUGGUUUAUGUAUGUUAAGAAAGUUUGAAAGUCCUCGGUGCGAAAGUGGAAGUUUUUACUCAGGGACAUGCGUUGAGGUGGCCAGGUGUGCAAAAGGUGUGUUUAGUAGUGACUGUGAAUGUCGUUCAGAAAGCAGUACUCCUGGCGUGUGCCGACAAGGGCAAUCUAGUGCAGCAGGGUGUGUAGUUGCAAAGAGCCAGUGUCGUAAACCGGCUCAGCUUCUGGGUUCGUUAUGCGUAGGAAGAUUAGACUCACAUCGAGCAUUUUGCCUAUCGGGUUCACCUUAUGACCAAAUAUAUUGUACAUCAAAUGCUCCACGAUGUCCUUCGGGAUUUGUUCUGGAGGGUUCGUUCUGCGUGAGAAACAUGUCGUAUCCGGUGGACUGUGGACGAUACCAGUGGUAUGAUGGAUGGUGCAGCAGUAUCGCCACAUGUGAAUCGGGUUAUAAGCUUCAACAGAAUGGAGAUUGUGUGCGCGAAAUGCGGAUGCAAAAAGAGGUUUGUCCAUCUGGAACAACCUUUGAUGGAGAACAUUGUAUUAGCAAUGCGCCACUCUGUGAACCAGAUCACGAAUAUGACGAGCGCUUCGGCAUUUGUGUAAAAUGUACGGAGCAAGCAGCUGUUUGUGAUGGAGCUGCAGGGUACCAACUAAGUAAUGGAACUUGUGUUCGAUACACUCCAUUGUGCUCAUCUGGAUACAUUUGGAAGGAUAACCAUUGCGUGAGUAAAUCGUUGAGCUACGUGCAAUGUGAGUCUGGAUACGUCGUUGAUAACUAUUGCGUUCACAGUCAUCUUAAUUGUCCAGACAACCAGGAACUUUUAGAUGGUGUCUGUGUUCAUCAGGAAGUACCAAGCUGUCCAGAAGGAUCUGUCUAUCAGAAUGGACUUUGCGUAACGAGUAAGCAGUGUCCUGAUGGCUACAUUGUUGGGCAACACAGUUGCAUAGAGGAAACUAAGACUUCGUUAAACAAUUCUCUCAAACCUGAAUGUCGAUAUGGUUUCCACUACGAGAAGGGGAACUGCAUCAAGACGAUUCACGUAGAUGUGGUCACAGAAUCACGUCCUUUGCAAUGUGCUAUUGGGUAUUCAUUGAGAAAUGGAAAAUGUGUUAAAGAAUACCGUGGAUUACUAGUUUGUCCACCGAAAACCAUACACAUGAACCAUGAAAACAAAUGCUUCUGUAAGGUUGAUCUCGUUUGCCCCAAUGGUUACGAAAGGAUGGGGGACGAAUGUAUGUUUAGGUCGGCCAGCUAUUACUCUCCGUAUCUCAAUUUCCUGAAUCCUUGUUACGGUAUUCAAUGCAGUUUACAGUACUGCUUAUCACAAUGUUUCACUCCCCCUUGUCCAGUGCAGCCAUGUUCAUAUGGAGUCCAGCACGUGGCUUCCAUGUACAGCGGAAGCAAUAAUCAGAAUUCCGACAUUUGUGGGAUUGGAGAGAACUGCAUAACCCAUGAAUCAUUGGAAACGAUUGUCGGCCUAACCUGUCCGCCGGGUUACCAAAAGGAGAAUAAUACUUGCAUAGCGUACUAUAAUAGAAUCUGUCAAAGUGGUUAUAAGCUGACUGACGGCGUUUGUCUGAAAAUUGAAGAAUCAAACAUCGUGUGUCCUUUGGGAUUCACGCUAUCCAAUGGAACAUGCACUCGUCUGCGCUGUGACGUCGGUUACACACAAGAUGGAACUGUAUGUAAAAAAGUAGAGUAUCAUACUCCAUUACCCUGUCCGAAGAACUACAUCUACAUUGAUGGAAUAUGUUUGCACAGAAGUGAUUGCCUCGGUGGAUCAGUUGAAGGUGAUCAUUGCGUCAGGCGAAGACACGAAAACUUCCGAUGUCCAACAAAGUUUACUCAACUAAACGACUCUUGUGUUCAGAUGGCAACGUGCUCCAGCAAAGACAUGUUCUUUACAGAAAACGCUUGCCGAAGCUCAGAGCAAAUACAACUUAGAUGUCCACCGGAAACAAAACGAGUCAAAAACAUGUGUGUCUACGACAAAGGUACAAUGUUCGAAAAGAUUACUUUGCUUCCAUCGCAAUGCAACGGCAGGGUGAUUGAACAAAGUCAGCUAUGUGCAUACAUCGAAACACCAUCAUGUGGUAAAGGAUAUGUAUUGAAGAAUGGACGAUGCAUAACGUGUUCAUCCAAAACACCUCAUUGCCCAGCAGACAUGAUCAUCAUCAACCGUAAAUGUAUCAAAUAUCACAAACCAUGCAGGGAUGGUUUGUAUCUUGACAAGGAUGGACAAUGCGUGGCGGUAAAUAUACGUUCUGCGACGUGUUCACAGGGAAAAUUGGCUUUCAACAGAUGCAUACAUGGAUUUCCCUCGUGUAAAUCAGGCUACACUUUAGAAGGAAACAGAUGUGUUUAUAAGGAAGCGAUUCUAGCGAAGUGUAAUGAAGGAAUCCUACUCGGAGGCACUUGUAUCAGUCUGCGGUCUUGUAACGGCUCCAACUUUGUAAUGUCCAACGGGUGGUGUAUUCGUGACGAAUACUUUGAACCAACCUGUAAUAGCAGAACUGCACGGAAACAUGAUAAAUGUAUUGGCGGGUUCCCCAAGUGUCCUGAAAACCACUAUCAAAUCAAUGGGCAAUGCUACUCGCAUCAAGUGCACCCAGCAGAAUGUUCAAACAAUGUUCAGUGCCUUGAAAAUUUCUGUCCUGUCACGUAUCCCAGUUGUAGUGCUUCAUUUAACUUCGAUGGAUCUGUCUGUAGUAAAAUAGUAUCUCAAGCUCCCAACUGUCCUGUCGGAACGACCCCGGUCAGCAAUGAUCGUGACUACUGCCAGUAUUCUACGGAGCAAGCUGACUUCUAUUGCCCUGAUGAAUACAAUUAUAAAAAUGGUAUUUGCCAAAAGCGACAAUACAUCGAAGCUAGUUGUCCUACUGGAUUCCGUAGGAAAAUGGACUCAUGCGUCCGCAGAACAUGUAGCAGUGCUGCUCUGACCAUCUACUGUGGAACACAGGGUACAUCUCCACCUUUGCUAGGAACUCCGCAACAUGUUCCACAUUUCCCUGCGCCACGACCUUUCAACACAACCACUUCUACAGUAUCAGUAGAUGAAGUCUGCUGUUUGAUCUACUCACCAAGAAUUUGUCGGUUUGACGAAGGAACUGACGAGUGGGACUGUUUCCACACGGAAAAUCGACGAUGUGGUAGUUUCUGUACACAUCAAGGCCAGCGACUCUACCUUCGUUCCUCAGAGUCUUAUUAUUUCAACAAUGUGUUAAUGCUAGUACCUCCAGAACAUGUCACAGACACGAGGUUCGAAGACAUGGACGAGAACGAUGACUACGUAGAUGACACAACGCCUAGUUGUGAUGGAUGUACGGAUCGUAGCUACGAUUGCGACAACUACUGCUAUACUUACGAUUGUCAAAAGGCCGGAAAUCAUUGUGAAUUCCGAGAUCAGCGAGAGUUUUGCUCAGCCAAUCCUGGACCCGGAUGCACUGCUAAAGACGGUUGCUACAGUCAGGACUUCUGUACUCAAUAGAAUCCCGGUAGUGUUUUUAGAUUAUUUAGGCAAAACAUAUGUCACAUAAGUAUAUACAAUAAAAUACUUCAACAAAGAA